UCACUGCUGUCUCACUUUCUUCCAGUUCAACCCGCCCUGACAGCUUCCAAGCCUUGAGUCACAGAGAGUUGGGAGCCAUUCCACUCGCAACAGCCUCGUAGAGCUACUGCAGGAUUAAGUUUACCUCAAAAAUGGGAGAAAUCAGGGUGGAUAAUUUCAGCCUUGAAGAUUUCUUCAGUGGAGAUCUUGAUAAUUACAACUAUAGCUCUGGUAUGCCCCCUUCUAUGGAACAUGCUGCCCCAUGCCACUCAGAGAACCUAGAUAUCAACAGAUAUGCUGUAGUUGUAAUAUACGUCCUGGUAACUCUACUGAGCCUUGUGGGAAACUCCCUGGUGAUGCUGGUCAUCUUAUACAACCGGAGCACCUGCUCUGUCACCGAUGUCUACCUGCUGAAUCUAGCCAUUGCUGACCUGUUCUUUGCCCUGACCUUGCCUGUCUGGGCUGCAUCUAAAGUAAAGGGAUGGAUUUUUGGCUCAACCCUGUGCAAGAUAGUCUCAUAUGUGAAGGAGGUUACCUUCUACAGCAGUGUUCUGCUGCUAGCCUGCAUCAGCAUGGACCGCUACCUGGCCAUCGUCCAUGCCACAAGUACACUGAUCCAGAAGAGACACUUGGUCAAGUUUGUGUGCUUAACCAUGUGGUUACUAUCACUAGUUCUAUCCCUGCCCAUCUCAAUUCUGCGGAGUACCGUUAGGGCAAACGCUUAUACCCUAGUCUGCUAUGAGGAUGCAGGUAACAAUACAUCCAAGUGGAGGGUGGUACUGCGCAUCCUGCCUCAGUCCUUUGGCUUCCUCGUGCCACUGUUCAUCAUGCUCUUCUGCUACGGCUUCACACUGCGCACGCUCUUUAAGGCCCACAUGGGGCAGAAGCACCGGGCCAUGCGGGUCAUCUUUGCUGUCGUCCUAGUCUUCCUGCUCUGCUGGCUGCCCUACAACCUGGUCCUGUUCUCAGACACCCUCAUGAGAACCAAUCUGAUCCAGGAGACCUGCGAGCGCCGCAGUGACAUUGACAAGGCCUUGGAUGCCACUGAGAUUCUUGGCUUCCUCCACAGCUGCCUUAACCCCAUCAUCUAUGCCUUCAUUGGCCAGAAAUUUCGCCAUGGACUUCUCAAGAUCAUGGCUACUUAUGGCCUUGUCAGCAAGGAGUUCUUAGCCAAGGAGGGCAGGCCUUCUUUUGUUAGCUCUUCUUCAGCGAACACCUCCACUACACUCUGACUGUUGACCUAAACUGUGGCCCCUCAGGGUUCCUUCUUGUGCUUCAGUAUGGCUCAUUACCAGAGACUGUGGUAUUUGAAUUGAUGCAGCCCCUCCUCUACAGUUACAGGAAGACAGAGGCCACAUUCUUGCCAGAGCCCCCAUUGCAGAGUUUAGAACACCUGUACUGGCUGUUCACUCCCUUCCAUCUUGGUAUGCCUACUGAUAGAGUUGGUCCAUCCUAACACUAGACCCCACUCUUUUCUAAAAAGCACAUAUUAAAAUUACAGUGAGAUACUGCCUCCUACCCAUCAGAACAGUUAGCAGUCAAAGGAAGAGGUGGAGGAGAGAAAAUAGCAAAUGUCAUUGAGGAAGCAGAAAAAGAGAACUUUUCACCUUACUGGUAGACAUGUACCAUAGUACCUCACUCACAGUGGAACAUAGCAUAGCAGUUUUCCAUAAAACAUUAAAUAUAGAAUCACCAUGUAAUCCAACAAGUCCAUCUCUAAAACGGGUACCCAAAAGAAUUGAAAGCCGGGGCUCAGACAUUUGUAUGAUGGCCAACAGACGGAAGGAUACAUUAAACAAGGUGUUGAACAAGUUAAACACAACCGAAGAGCGUCCCACAGUGAAAAGUCCCAAGAAUAAUCAAAUAGUGAUGACUGGAGGCUGGGUGAGGAAAGGUGAGGAGUUAGCGUGGAAGACACAGCUCCAGAUAGAGAUCAUGGGAAAGCCCUGAAGAUGGACCCUGAUCCCUGUGACGUAGUAUGAAAGUACUCAUUGCCACUGCAUUAAAAGUGUUAAGAUGCGGGCUAGGCAUUGCUCGCUGGGAGAAUGCUUAUUUAACAUUUCUGAGAACUCAGGCUUGAACCCUAGGACCUCAAAAAACAAAACAAAAAGCUAAAAUGACCAUUCUUGUUAUGUGUAUUUUACUUCAGUUUAUCAGAAAUAUAAAAUCUAAGUCUACAAAAAGGUUAAGCACUGAACCACUGCAGAACUAUCUACCUUAUAAUUUCUUGUACAGUGUGACCAUUAAAUGUCUUUUGAAAUAUAUAUA